AUGUUCAGCAAGUUGAAGGGCCUCCUUGCUGGCCCACAGGUGCCAGAAGCUGGGGCCCCCAAAGCGGCCCCUGAUCCCGACCCCGCUCCAGCCCCAGCUCCUGCUGCCUCUCCAGCUGCAGCUCCAGCAAAGGAGGAGAAGCCAGCUGAUAAGGAGGAUGAGGCAAAGAAAGAGGACAGACAGCCGGAAACAACCCCAGCUCCGGCACCGGCCCCAGCUCCAGCCCCAGCUCCGGCUCCUGCUGCAGCUCCAGCUCCAGCUCCCGCUCCGGCCCCUGCUGCAGCUCCUGCCAACCCUGAUCCAGCUGGACCUGAGGGGGCAGAGGCAGCCCCCCCUCCACCUCCACCCAUCGUGGUUAACAAGUACUCAGAUGAGCAGCUCAGAGCCAUAAUCCAGCGGAUGAGACAGAGAACAACUCUCUACAAGGAGAAAGUCGUCGAUCAGCACGCCUCAUCCCCUGAGAUCACCCCUCCUGUCACACCAGUACUUCGCAAAGAUGACUACACCAAAGUAAUAGAGGAGAGGAAAAGGCAAGCAGAGGAGGAGCGGAUAAGGAAGGAGGAGGAGGAGAAGAAGAAGAAGGAGGAGCAGGAGAGGAAAAAGAAGGAAGACGAGCAGAAGAAGAAGGAGGCAGAGCAGAAGAAGAAGGAGGAGGAGGAGAAGAAGAAAGCAGAGGAGAAAGAUGAGAAGAAGGAGGAGAAGAAGGGGGUGGAGUUGAAGGCCAAGUUUCUUGAAGCGACCUGGUCUUGUGUGGAUGCUGUGCUGAAGCCGGUGGAGGACAGGAUGGACUCUGUGAUGGGGACCACCAUCGACCCUUUCACAGACCGCCGCUACAUUGCCUGGCUGAGUUUGGUGACGCUGGCCUUCAACUACAACACGUGGUUCAUGACAGCCCGCCUGUGUUUUCCCUACCACACAGCCAGCGCCAUCCCUUACUGGUUCAUGAUGGACAUGCUGGCUGACCUCAUCUACCUUGUAGACAGCAUCAUCUUCCAGCCACGCAAGCAGUUUGUCAAGGGAGGUGACGUCAUAAAAGAUAGAGUACUGACAAAGAAGAACUACAGAGAUUCAGAGAGAUUUAAGAUAGACUUGAUGUCCCUCAUACCGUUCGACUUACUGUACUUCCAGUUUGGAUUCAAAUCCAUUUUCAGGGCCAAUCGUUUGCUGAAGGCAGACACAUUCUUUGAGUUCAGCGAUCGUUUGGAGAGCAUCAUGGCCAAGGCUUACAUCUGGAGAGUGAUUCGCACCAUUGGAUAUCUCCUCUUCAUGCUUCACCUCAACGCCUGCAUCUACUACGUGGCUUCAGACUACCAGGGCAUUGGCCAGACCAAAUGGGUGUACUCUGGCCUGGGGAGUGCUUACCUCAGCUGCUUCUUCUAUGCGGAGAAGUCCCUGCUGAUGAUCGCCGAGUUGCCAUUUCCAGAAACCAUGUUCGGACAGAUCUUUCAGAUGACAAACUACCUUUUCGGGGCGUUAUUUUUGUCCACCAUUCUUGGCCAGAUGAGAGAUGUCAUUGGUGCAGCCACAGCAGGCCAGACCUACUUCCGAUCCAACAUGGACAACACUGUGGCCUACAUGGUGACCAACCGCAUCCCCCCUCUAGUGCAGAACAGGGUCCGCACCUGGUACACUUACACAUGGGACGCUCAAGGCAUGCUAGAUGAGUCCGAGCUGCUGGAUAAGAUGCCUCUGGUGAUGAGAACAGCAAUAGCUGUGGAUAUCAACCUGGCUACCUUCCAAAAGAUUGAUCUUUUCAAGGGCUGCGACCAGCAGAUGUUGGUAGACAUGUUGUUGAGGCUGAAGUCUAUCAUCUACCUGCCUGGAGACUUUGUAGUGAAGAAAGGUGAUAUUGGAAAAGAGAUGUACAUCAUCAAAAGUGGAGCGGUGCAGGUGGUGGGAGGACCUGACAACAGCAUUGUGUUUGUCACACUGAAGGCCGGUUGUGUGUUUGGAGAAAUCAGUCUGCUGCAGUCGUCCAAAGAUGGAGGCAACAGAAGAACAGCUAACGUCAAAGCUUAUGGCUUUGCUAACCUCUUUGUCCUGGAGAAGAAAGACCUGUUUGACAUCCUGGUCCACUACCCCGAGUCUCAGAAGGUGCUGGCCAGGAAGGGCAGGCAACUAAUGAAGGCCAAAGGGCCAGCAGCAGCCAAAGCUGAGCAGGAGAAGAAGAAAGGACUCGCUCUGUUCGGACCUAAACCUCCGACACCCAAGCUACUACGUGCCGUUGGUGGAAAUAUUAACCGAACAAUCAUUGAUAAACUCAAGUGGUUCAUUGCGGAGGACACGUAG